UCUCCUCUGAUGACACGUGGAUGAUAAAUCAUGUUAUGCUGCGCGUGCAGUUGAGUUGAAGCGCUAAGUGCUCGAGACCUGGGGGUUGUACUUUGGGUCAGCUACCCGGAAAGGACUGCAGGGAUGACCAACCCCGCGUGCGUGAAUAAUAAAGCAUCACCCGGGUCUGAGCCGUAAACAGUGAGCCACGGACUGAGCGCGAGGACAGUCUGAAAACUUAAAGGCGCUGCCCAUGGCGUCCCUUCAGCGCGCGAGGGGACCCACGAGCCUACUGUGAGCGUCAUUUCACCCCCCUCUUUCACGACGACCUGUUCAUACCUGAGCUCUGGUGCGAGCCCGGGAAUGAUGGAAGAUUCAGUCGGACGUCAGGUUGUCUGUCUCAGCACGAGGACAUGGAUGAAGGACUUGUGGAUUUAAACCCCGAAUGAAGAAGAACCGCUCGACAAAAUGUUUCUGAAGACAACAUUUGAUACGUACUUUCACUGGUUAUCGAUUAAUUGACCAGCUCGAGCUCCAUUCAAGCAGCGACAGUUUAUUCAGACAUCCAUGCGAGGAAUUCCAACAUGUUGUAAAAAAAUGAACAGAUGUGAUUUAGUUGCCCUUCAAGCUUAGGAGAUCUGCGUUUUAACCCCUAUAAGAGUAAAGACAACCGCCGAGACAUGGCUCGUCUGCUGGUGCUGGUCAACUCCGCCGUCCUGUUGCUUUUGGGCAGCGACAUGUUCCUUGUAGGAGCAAACCGGCCACCAGCUCCCGUCAACGUGUCUGUCAUGCACCUGCGUGCCGACUCGGCCACUGUAUCCUGGGAGGUUCCAGAGGGAGACAUAAUAAUCGGCUUCUCUAUCUCACAACAGAGGCAGGAUGGACACAUGCAGCGAUUCAUCCGAGAAGUCAACACAACCAGCCGCUCAUGUGUCCUUUGGGACCUGGAGGAGGAAACGGACUACAUCAUCCAGGUCCAGUCAAUUGGACUCUAUGGGGAAAGCCAAGCAAGCAAGAAGGUCCAUUUUCGCACUCUCAAGAAGACGGACCGCUUCCCCUCCAACAGCUCAAACCAAGAUGACCCUACCGUGCAGGGUUUGGAUAAAUCCAGACAUCUACAGACAGGAGAGAUGAUCAUAAUCGUGGUCGUCCUGGUCAUGUGGGCAGCCGUUAUUGCCCUGUUCUGCCGGCAGUAUGACAUCAUCAAGGACAACGACUCGAGCAACAACAAGGAGAAGGCCAAGCCGUCGUCGGAGAGGAGCACGCCAGAGCACCACAGCGGAGGGCUGCUGAGAAGCAAGUUUCAUCCCUCGGUGCCGUCGAUCAACAUCAUUGAAGUCUGACAGGAUGGAAGCUGAAGUUAAAACCCUCCCUCCUCUCUUCUGCCAUCAAUGCACCUCGACCUUUAUCGCUGAUGAAGAAACGAGAUGAAAG